AAUUGUUUUUUACUUUUGUCAUCUUUCUCACUAGCCCACCUCUCAUUAUUCUUUCUUUCUCGCUGUGAGUGCUCUCUUCUAUCUUAUCUUAUCUUCUUCUUCUUCUUCUUCUUUUUUGAUUUUUUCCUCUCUCACACGGCCUGCCUUUUCUUCAUCUGGUCAGUUCUUCAUUUAUUUUUUCGGUGUGUGCUCACUUCAUCUUGUUCAGUUGUUCUUCAUUUAGUUCUUCUCUUCUUCUUCUUCUUUAUUUUAUUUAUUUAUUUAUUUCACUUGCUCUGUUGAAUCUGUUCAUAGCCUCUCUGUACAUAGUACAUACCGGCCAGAUCUUGGCCAGUAUUUACUGAAAUGUCCGAAACGGUCCAGAAUGGGCCGAAAUUUAAUCCGAGGUGGAAUUAUCGUUCCAGUUUGGAAACGCUUGGAUGACACCGUGUGAAAAAAUCCAAUUGUUCAUAUUUUCAAUCCUUUAAAAAUAAUAGAAAAUUUACACUUUACUAUCUAAAUUAUACUCCGAAUGCGCCUUGUACUCUUAACUUUAGUUUUUCAUCCUAAUUUAGAAUGGUAAAACAUAAUUAUCCCAAUAAUUUUUACACAACUAGAAACUUUUUUGGCUAAACAAAGACCAAAUUAUACUAAUGGGAACGGGUCAAUGGCAUAUUUUUAGACAGAGACAGACAGUGAAAUUUGAAAAACAUUAGUGGGUACCAUAAUAUUCUCCUGUCUCUAUGCUUCUGGUAAUCCUUUUUUGUGUCAAAAAAGUUUAUCUCAUUCAGCUAAAAAAAAAGUUAAUAUCUUUUGUGUCUCUCAUGGAGCCUCAGUACUCCUUAUUUGUUAUCUUUGCUAGCCUGGUAAUCUCAUUGGCAUUACUACCAAAUCCUACCACAGCCUUAUCCAAAUGCAGUUUUCCGGCCAUAUUCAACUUUGGUGACUCAAAUUCAGACACCGGUGGUUUGUCAGCGGCAUUCGGACAAGCUCCGCCGCCCAAUGGAGAAACAUUUUUUCACACUCCAUCUGGACGGUAUUCUGAUGGCCGUCUUGUAAUUGAUUUCAUAGCGGAAAGCUAUGGGUUACCGUAUCUCAGUGCUUUUCUGGACUCACUGGGUUCAAACUUUAGCCAUGGAGCCAAUUUUGCAACUGCUGGAGCAACAAUUAGACCUCAGAACACAACAAUGGCACAAAGUGGAUAUAGUCCCAUUUCAUUAGAUGUGCAGUCUGUUCAAUUCUCAGAUUUUCACAGAAGAUCCCAAAUAUUCAACAAACAAGGAGGGUUCUUUGAGAAAUUGUUACCAAAGAGGGAUUAUUUUUCUCAAGCUCUGUACACAUUUGACAUUGGCCAAAAUGAUCUUACUGCUGGUUACAAACUCAACAUGACUACUGAAGAAGUUAAGGCAUAUGUUCCUGAUGUAUUGGGCCAGUUCUCAAAUGCCAUUAAGAAAAUAUAUGGUGAAGGUGGAAGAAUAUUUUGGGUACACAACACAGGCCCAGUGGGCUGCCUUCCAUAUGUUAUGGACCGCUUUCUUAUCACGGCGGGCCAAAUAGAUAAACAUGGCUGUGCCAGUCCAUUCAAUGAUGUGGCCCAAUAUUUCAACCUCAGAUUAAAAGAAGCUGUAGCCCAACUCAGGAAAGAUCUUCCAGAGGCAACAAUCACCUAUGUUGAUGUCUACUCAGUGAAGUACACCCUCAUUGCCCAAGCCAAAAAACAUGGAUUCGAGAACCCUUUUGUGGCAUGUUGUGGUCAUGGUGGGAAAUAUAAUUACAACCGGUUCUUGAAGUGUGGGGCCAAGAAGACUGUAGAUGGCAAAGAGAUUGUGAUUUCAAAUUCGUGCAAAGAUCCAUCGGUUCGGAUUAAUUGGGAUGGGACCCAUUUCACCGAGGCCGCUAACAAAUGGAUAUUCAACCAAAUAGCUAAUGGCUCAUUUUCGGACCCACCCAUUUCGUUGGAAAUGGCCUGUCAUAGAAUGGACCGCUAAAACAUUCUUUCUCUGUUUUUUAUUUUUUAUUUUGGGUCAAUGAAACCUUUUUCUUAACCUUUUUAUUUUGGAAAGACAGGAGGGAACAUCCUUUUGAUUUGGAAUCGUGUAAGGCUAAAUUAUUGGGCCCA